CUCACAGCAAACUCGACGCACGCAUAGUAACCGACCAGACAGCCAGCCAGCCAUGGCCGCGUCGGCGUCAUGGCUCUCCUCCCUGAUGCUGUCCAUCGUGCUGGUGGUGGGCGUGUCAGCGAGCACCGCGGCGGCGCAGAACUGCGGGUGCGCGGCGGACCGGUGCUGCAGCAAGUGGGGUUACUGCGGCACCGGCAAAGACUACUGCGGCACGGGGUGCCAGUCGGGGCCCUGCGACGUGCCGGCCACCAACAGCGUGUCCGUGGCGAGCAUCGUCACGCCGGAGUUCUUCGCGGCGCUGGUCGCGCAGGCCGCCGACGGCUGCGCCGCGAAGGGGUUCUACACCCGCGACGCCUUCCUCAGCGCCGCCGGUGGCUACCCUUCCUUCGGCCGCACGGGCUCCGACGACGACUCCAAGCGCGAGAUCGCCGCCUUCUUCGCGCACGCCAACCACGAGACCAUAAAGUUCUGCUACAUCGAGGAGAUCGACGGAGCGAGCAAGAACUACUGCGACGAGACGAGCACGCAGUGGCCGUGCGCGGCGGGGAAAGGGUACUACGGGCGCGGGCCGCUGCAGAUCUCGUGGAACUUCAACUACGGGCCGGCGGGGCAGAGCAUCGGGUUCGACGGGCUGGGCGACCCGGACGCGGUGGCGCGGAGCCCCGUGCUGGCGUUCCAGACGGCGCUCUGGUACUGGGCCAACAACGUGCACGACGCCAUCGUCUCCGGCCAGGGCUUCGGCGCCACCAUCCGCGCCAUCAACGGCGCGCUCGAGUGCGACGGCAAGAACCCCGCCGCCGUCAACAGCCGCGUCGCCUACUACCAGCAGCUCUGCCAGCAGCUCGGCGUCGACCCCGGCAGCAACCUCACGUGCUGAUUGGCAUGCUUACUGGAGUACUACUACGAGUACUAGUAGUGUUUACACGUAUUGAUGUACGCAUUAAUUGCUCUAGGUUCAGUUUGGGUCCAAUAAUUGUCACAUAUACAGCGAAAUAAAACCGUACUGCAUUACGU